CUGGCAACCCUGAUUUAGUGGUCGUAUGAAUGCAACGUGUCGUCUUUCCGGAAGUGUGCAUCUUGGUUUAGACUCGUGUUCCUCCAUUUCUCGAUACAUUGUCCUUAAUGUUCGAAGUAUGAAUUUAAGUUUGAGCUGGAAAGACAGACUUUAUCUGCACGGUUGUGUUGCACUGACUAUAAUGCAGAAAGCGUCAGGAUUAAACAAACAGCUAGAACAUUAUUAGCUGUCCAGCUAACAGCCCCAGAGAUGACAGCUGAGAAGGAUGGUCUAUUUGAGGAUCCAAGCUUUUCAGCGGAUGACUCCGCCCUCUUCUCGGACUACACCACGCCCCUUUCUCGUCUCACCGGCAAAGUCACUUGGCUCCGCCCAGAGCAAAUCUGUAAGAGUCCAUUACUCUUCCCUGAUGACUAUACUGAGGCACACCCAAAGCAAGGCAUUCUAGGAGAUUGCUGGUUGCUGUGUGCUUGUACCAUGCUGCUGAAGAAACGCUGUCUGCUGGAUCAGGUGAUGCCCCCUGGACAGUGUGUGUGGGGACAGAGAGGUUACACUGGUCAGUUCCGGUUCCAGUUUUGGAGGAAUGGCCAUUGGACAGAAGUUCGGAUCGAUGAUCGUCUGCCCUGCAUAAACAAAGCACCCUGUUUCUCUCACUGUCAUAACCCCAUGGUUUUCUGGGUAGCAUUGUUGGAAAAAGCAUACGCAAAGCUUCAUGGCUCAUAUGAGCAUUUGUGGGCUGGACAAGUGUGUGAGGCAGUGGUGGAUCUGAGUGGAGGUGUGGCUGAACGCUGGAGUUUAACAAAAUCUGUGGACACACCAGGAGGAAGGAGCUUGUUCUCAGACCUCUCACAGGAAAUGAGGAAGCAGAGUUAUAUAAGUUGCUGUGUACACGAAACACCUAUAGGUUCCCCUGAGCAGAGUCAGUUCCAUGCUUUGAGUGUAAUGGAAUGGAAAACUGUGAAAACCAGUGCUGGAGCAGAGGUGCAACUGCUGCAGAUACGCAACCCAUGGGGCAGGAGGUGCUGGGAAGGAGCCUGGACUGAAAAGUGGGGGCUGUAUUUUCCACAAUAUGGGACAUUUUUGGCAUGUUUGCUGAGUCUUGUAAUUUCAAGCUGUUAUAUUUUUUUCCCCAAUUUGCAAGGAGCAGGGUGGACUUUGCUGGAUCCCUCAUGGUCUGCAGAUCUGUUGGGCUGCACAAAGGAUGGGGAAUUCUGGGUAGAUGAGAUGGAAUUUCAGCAAAAAUUUGACGAAGUUACUGUAGGAUACCCAGUCAAUGAGGAUCAUCAUCUUCAGAGCAUAUACACAGGGUCUUUCUUGACUUACACCCAGCAGCUAAGCGGCUCCUGGGUCAGAGGCCACUCAGCAGGGGGUUGCCGUAACAACAGUACCUACAGCAGCAAUCCCAAAUUCUGGUUAAAGGUUAAGGAAGGAGGAGAGGUACUCAUGUCACUCCUGCAGCAUGGACCAUGGAGCUCAAUGUACAAUUCCCAGAAAGGGCAAUCACUUGGCAACACACAUCAGCACUCAUUCUAUCAGGCCAUUGCACUGCAUGUUUGGAAGGUGGACAAAAAGCGCUUUAACUUGAUGCGGACACUUAACUCGACACCUUGUGCGUCCUCAUGCACACACACAUAUGAACGUGAGGUGGUGGUACAUGCACACUUAAGUGCUGGGUUCUAUCUGCUUGUGCCCAGCACCUUCCUGCAGGGAGCACAGGGGCACUUCCUUCUCCGAGUGCAUUCUACCUGCCCCACUUACCUUAGUGCAGUAAAGGUGAGUGUGCAGCAGGAGUCUGUAGGUGGAGCAUGGGAGAUGUCAAGUGUGAGAGGCUGUUGGACAGUUGGCUCUACAGCUGGAGGAGGUCGGAACUUCCCAUCACAUGGGCAAAAUCCUCAUGUUCCCCUCAUAGUGACUUAUGACCCUGGGGGGACAAAUGUUAGUCUCACGCUGUGCCAACAUAGCCCAGAGAACACACUUCAUGCCAUUGGCUUUCAUAUUUAUAAGGUUAUCGGUGAAGCAGACUGCAUGGUGAUCUCGGGUACAGUGUGCCCUGUGGUGAGUUGUGUUCCACACGCUCACUCUCAGGAAGUCAGUGUCCAGUGUAGGCUGCCCCCUGCUGACUACAUCAUUCUGCCCUCCACUUACCAGCCAGACUGUGGUGCAGAAUACACACUCACCAUCAUGCGGAAAAUACCAAGGAAAGCAAUAAGCUGUCAAGAAUCUUUGGGACAAGCAAUUCAAGAGACAUCUCAUGUCUCUGUUAUGGGGCUGUAGUGUUUUGGACUGGGUGCUCUUUCUGUCUCCAGCUUUCUGCUGACGUAAGUCAUUUGACACUGGCCGUAGAUGAAAGCAAAUGAGUUUAUGUUGCAUUUUGUACAUCUUGUCUCUAAUGAAAGCCGAUGGCACUCUGCCCUGUCAUCUAAUAGGAGCUAUUGAAGCUGCCGCUCAUGCCAUGGUCUCUUUCAAGGUUUUUACAAGCACUGUGCUGCCAUACAAUGAUCAGUUGAAACAAAGUGUCCCACCAUCAAGAACAAAGAAAUCACUCAGGGAGAGAGUUACCGGCUGACCCAUACAGAGCUGGUGUGCCUGGUUUGAGAGAGAGAGAGAGAGAGAGAGAGAGAGAGAGAGAGAGAGAGAGAGAGAGAGAGAGAGUGGCAAAUAAGAGAGUUCAUUCCUUCUCAAGUGGCUGUUUUAGAACAGCACAUUUUUAUAGCCCAAAUAGGUCACAUACUAUGUUGUAAUCAUUUGAGCAAAUUUUAGUGUGUUACAGACCUAACACACCUAAACAUUCUGUUGGGUAAAAUAAAUGUCUGCUGUCAUCUUCCAUUUGCUCUGCACGUAAAUUGUGUGUUUGUGUUUACAAUUUAAUAAAUAAACUCCUGCAAAAACA